AUGCCUGUGGAGCACGUACCCUUCGUUCGCCGUGGCAGCGACAUCGACAUGAGCAAGAGAAGGCACGGGGCGACGGAGAGCGCCGAGGACGACGCGGUCGGCGCGCCGAUGCGCCUCCCGGAGUCGCCGCGGCGCGUGUUCGAGUGCAGGACGUGCCGCAGGCGGUUCCCGACGUACCAGGCGCUGGGCGGGCACCGGGCCAGCCACGGGCGGCAUCAUCCCAGCGUCAGCAGGCCGCGCGCGCACGCGCCUGGCGACGGCGUCGCCCUCGAGAUCCGGCUGCCGGAGCCACGCGGUGGAGAGGCGAGGCCGAGGACGCACGGGUGCCCCGUCUGCGGCGUGGAGUUCGCCGUCGGGCAGGCGCUCGGCGGGCACAUGAAGCGGCACCGUGCCAUGGCCGACGCCGACGCGAACGCGAACGGCACCAGGGCGGCAACGUCCGUGAAGGAUGACGGCGCUGGAGCCGGCUGCACGGCCGAGAUCUGCCUGGGCUUGAACCUGGCGCAGGCGGAGAACUGCGCCAGGUGCAGGAACGCUACUAGGGGUGAAUCCGUGAAUGGCACAUAAAUCAAAUUUUGAUGUUUCAACAAAAUCCGAAUUUUAUUUGUGAAUGUUCCAUGACAUUCGUCUACUGCACCUAAAUAUUUCAAUUCCAAUUCCAAAUGCCUACUU